CAAUAUUUUGCCAUCCCUCAUCUCCACCAUGGCACCCGCGACCCGUUCCAAGCCCUCCACCCCCGCCCCCGAGAUCACCAUCGAAGAGCCCACCGCCUCCGCCUCCACCUCCUACUCCCCGAGCCCCCUCGGAGCCGGCAACGUCAAGCAGAGACCGAGGGACGGUAGCAGGAGCCGGGAGGACGAGGUUUGGGACCCCAAGUAUGCGGUGGAUUUGGCGUGAGUGCCGCACGACAUGAAUUUUGCCCGCCGAGACGCUGUGCUGACCAUCCUUUUCUUUCCUUGGCGCCAUUCAGGACCACAACUGUCGACGAGAAUGUCUUCCUCUUCGUCCCGAACCUGAUCGGCUACACCCGUGUCAUCACAGCCGCCGCCGCCCUCUUCUUCAUGCCCUACCACCCCAAGGCGUGCUUUGUCCUCUAUUCUGUGUCCUGCCUUCUGGACGCCGUCGAUGGCCAAGCCGCCAGAGCUCUCGGACAGACGAGCAAAUUUGGCGCGGUGCUUGAUAUGGUUACCGACCGAUGCACUACUGCUUGUCUGCUGUGUUUCCUCGCGAGCGUGUACCCUGCGUACUCUUUGGUCUUCAUGGGUCUCAUCACCCUGGACUUCUCCUCUCACUACAUCCACAUGUACUCCUCCUUGGCCACGGGCUCCUCUAGCCACAAGACUGUGACUCAGGAUGUCUCCCGUAUUCUCUGGUACUACUACAACGACUCUCGCACCCUGUUCGUCUUCUGCUUCGCCAACGAACUCUUCUUCGUCUGCCUCUACCUCAACUACUACUGGACCUCCCCCGUCUUCUCCUCUAUCCCCAUCCCCACUUCCCUCCUCACGUCCGACCUCGCCAUCGCCCACCCAAAGCUUAUCGGCGGCCUCGUACAGGCGGUGAAGAAUGUCACUUGGCCGCAGGUGGUGGCGCUCUUGACGUUCCCGAUUUGUGCGGGAAAGCAGAUUAUUAAUGGAGUGCAGUUUUGGAAGGCUAGUAAGAUUCUUGUGGGUGUCGAUCUUGCCGAGAGACAGGCUGCUCGAGAAGCCAAAGCCCUCAACACCCGUGGCCGGUAAACUCCUCUUUGCCUAAUCUGGAGGAACCGAGAGAGAAGGCGUCUAGCCUGAAUAUGCGAUAACCGUUUCUUUGUAUACAUUUACUUUCUUCCCUUCCAGAGAUUGGGCGUGCUACUUGGAGCGUUCGUAUUAUUUGCACCUCAUAUUGCGGUGAGGGCGGAGAGCGUUUGCAGGACGUGUGGAUAGGAUUUUAUGGAUGGUACUCGUACAAGUGUAUCGACAAAUGGAAAUGCAUAUAUAAUGAUCAAAGCAA